GAGACGUUAGUAGGUUACACGAUAGAGAGCGAGAGAGAGAGCGCACGCAGUUAAGAGGAGCUAACGGAGACCAGAGAUAAUCCCACCGCUGCCAUCAAAGUGGCGAGCAUAUAAUAAAGUCAAGUUCGCUAUGAUAAAGUGAAGUUCUUAACAAAAGCCGAUGCUACUGAGAGUUGUGGAGCAACAGUCCAGUGCUGUGAUGCACACACCGCAGGCUUUUCUCCCAGUCUCUGCUUGGGUCUACCGAAUGUAGGCUAAGGAAAUUCAAAGGAAGCGCUCAAAUCAAAGCGUUGAAGAUGACCUAUUUCAUGCAAGCAUUUUUUAUUUAUUUUAUGAAUAAAUAAUAUACUUAAUUUCGUUCAUUUACAUUACCAAUCUAUUGCUGUUUUUAGAAUAGACUGUUCAACGUCGUCUCAUUUUCACUUCAGCGAUGCAACAUCUUCCUGUAAUUUUUCCACAACGCAUCGCGAUUACGCGCGUAGCCAAGGUAAUAGAUAUUUUCUUGGUCAGCAUCACAGGUGCUCGUGGACCUUUGUGCGUAAUUUUGGACCAUUUUUGCAUGUUCAGUUUAUGAGCGAAUUCAUUUAAUACAUCAAAGGGGGAAACCACCAGACCAGUCCUAUAGCAAGAAUGGCUCCGCACCUCAAACGUUCGGGUGAUUGUAAUUGGGGCAUGCGUUUUAUUGUUUAUCCAUAGCAGGCUGUCGGAGUUCAGAUAAACUGAGAUGCAUAGAACGGAAAAUAUGCAAAUAAUUGGAAAUAACACCCGGCAGUGCUUGAUUGUGAGGCAAUUCAUCAUCUGAAAUGUAUUUUUAUUUGUAAUUUUAAGGGAGGAAAUAUCACAGGUUUGAAUAACUCUACUGUCCUGAAGAAUCGAAGACACAUUUUUAGUGUAUAUCCCAUGUUAAUCUGCUUGGGUUUUCUGAGACUUCUCCGGCUGUAUGCUUCUGCAAGGCUCAUCAGCAUCAGCAUCUACAUCAUCUGCCACUUCAAACACAUCAAGCCACAAGAGGAGGGAGCUUAGCUGCUUUUGGCAUUUCAAAAUUAGGCUGAUCAAAGAACAAGUCAAAACUGCAGUGAAAAAAAACACCUUCAGGAUGACAGUGAGUUUCUUCAAAGUGAACCAGAUGACUCCACCGGACCCGUGCCCUGGAAACACCACCAUUUGACUGAGGACUAUCAGAGUGACUGCUGACAUCAAAGUUUUAAUUGUUGUUUUAAAAAAGAAGAACAAAUGCUUGGGCAUCUCUGGUGGCCUGCUGGGUAGCAGUGGUCUUCUUGUACCGUAGUAGCAGGAGCUGAACCACGGUUACCAUAGUGGGACAAUGGCACGCCCAGGCUCUGGGGUGCUGGUGUCGGUCAACGGGCUGGGGUACCCUCCUCAGAACCUGGCCCGGGUGGUGGUGUGGGAGUGGCUGAACGAACAUGGGCGCUGGCGGCCCUACAGCGCGGCAACGUGCCACCACAUAGAGAACGUACUGAAGGGUGACGCACGGGGGACUGUGGUCCUUGGACAGGUGGAUGCCCAGCUGGCCCCUUACAUCAUCGACCUGCAGUCCAUGCACCAGUUUAGACAGGACACAGGCACCAUGAGGCCGGUCCACAGGAACUUCUAUGAGCCGUCGUCAGCCCCAGGGAAGGGUGUGGUGUGGGAGUGGGAGAACGACAGCGGCUCCUGGACGCCUUACGACAUGGAGAUCUGUGUGACCAUCCAGAACGCCUAUGAGAAGCAGCACCCCUGGCUGGACCUGACCUCUCUGGGCUUCUGCUACCUCAUUGACUUCAACAGCAUGGCCCAGACCAACCGGCAGAGCCAGAGGAAACGCCGCCUGCGCCGACGCAUGGACCUGGCCUACCCUCUCAUCAUGGGCUCCAUCCCCAAGUCCCAGUCUUGGCCUGUGGGCGCCAGCUCCGGCCAACCCUGCUCCUGCCAGCAGUGCAUUCUAGUCAACAGCACGCGGGCCGCCUCCAACGCCAUCCUGGCCUCUCAGCGCCGUAAGCUGUACGGGGGGGCCGCAGGAGCCACAGGGGCCACAGGCACGCCCACUGUGGUGCGGCAGAGUAACACCUUCGCCGGAACCACCCUCUGGUCCCCUACCUCCAGUGCCGGGAGCAACAAUAUACAGCAUAACAACAUAAGUGCAGGAGGUGGCAAAGCUAAAGCUGAACAGGUGCAGUCGCCCCUGUCUAGUGCCAACUUCCCCUGUUCCCCAGCACUGCAGUCCCUUCCACCCGCACAUGGCCACUCCCACACCCAUGCACACUCCCACGGCCACCAUGUCAUCAUCAACGGGCAGAACAACCUGAACCGGCCGGGCACCCAGCGCAUUUCCAUGGGCACUGCUAGAGGAGCCAUCCCACCAGGGGUCCCGGCCCUCCCUGUUAAGAACCUGACUGGCUCUGGACCAGUUCACCCAGCAAUUGCAGGUAUGACUGGUAUCCUGAUGUGUGCUGCUGGCCUGCCCGUGUGUCUGACCCGGGCCCCUAAACCCAUCCUGCACCCACCGCCCAUCAACAAGAGUGACAUGAAGCCUGUGCCCGGGGUCAAUGGCAUCUGCCGCAAGACCAAGAAGAAGCACCUCAGGAGAGGGAAAAACCCAGAGGAUGUAGUGCGGAGAUACACAGAGAAAGUGAAGGUAGCCCCUGAUGAGGACUGCACCAUCUGCAUGGAGAGGCUGGUGAUGUCAUCGGGUUACGAGGGUGUCCUGCAGCACAAGGGCAUAAAGCCAGAAAUGGUGGGCAAGCUUGGCAAGUGUGGGCACAUUUACCAUCUGCUGUGCCUGGUGGCCAUGUACAACAAUGGCAACAAGGAUGGCAGUCUACAGUGCCCCACCUGUAAGGCUAUCUAUGGGGAGAAGACAGGCACACAGCCCCCUGGGAAGAUGGAGUACCAUGUCAUUCCCCACUGCCUGCCUGGCUACCCGGAGGCCAAGACCAUCCGCAUCGUCUAUGACAUUCCUGCUGGCAUACAGGCCACAGAGCAUCCCAACCCAGGGAAGAAGUUCAGCGCUAGAGGCUUCCCACGGCACUGCUACCUCCCAGACAAUGACAAGGGCAGGAAGGUCCUGAAGCUCCUGAUCAUGGCGUGGGACCGCCGCCUCAUCUUCACCAUCGACACGUCCAGCACCACGGGCGAGUCGGACACGGUGGUGUGGAACGAGAUCCACCACAAGACAGAGUUUGGCUCCAACCUGACAGGGCACGGCUACCCAGACCCCAACUACCUGGACAACGUCCUGACAGAGCUGUCAGCCCAGGGGGUGGGAGAGGACAACCUGAAGGACUGAGGGGGGCAGAGAGGCCACCGAGGACCACCACCCAUACAAUACUCCUCUCUGACAUAGAGUGGGCCUCUGCAUGAAGAGGCAACAUGCAGCCGAGAUAACUAUAUUUUACUCCCCACACCCAAAACACACCUAAAGACCCUCAGAUUCUGUAUGUGGCCAUGGAAAUAUAGCAAAUGACAUUAUAACAUCAUGAUUGUGUUAUACUGUUAUUUGCAUUUACCUAAACAUAACUGUAAAACUUUGUCCGUGCCUUGAGCAUGUGUAUUUUUGCCAAGAUUUCAACCUGAUAGGGUAAAGGAACGUGAAGACAGGAUUUAAAUGAAAACAGAUCUCAAUGUGUAUUGGCUGUUGUGGGAUUUAGACAUUAUUGCACAUCAACUGUUAAUUGAUUCCUCUGAGACAGGAUUUUGAUCCUCCUCUUUUGUACUGAAGAAGAUUUUAGGACUGUGACAUCAUGGCAUUGAAAGAGAUGUCUGUUUAUACUCACCACCAAACCAUAUGGCCCAGAGUUUGAUAUUGCAUUUUAAUGUUGACCGCAUACCUGGGACUUUUGCAAAGACAGUUGGCUAGGGCUCUGAAGGCUUUAGAUGUCUGUCACAGUUUGUUCUAGUUUUAUCAGAUGUGUAUUUUUUAAAGAGUAGGGAAGUGAUUUCUCAAGUUGUAGUUGGUAUUUGUGUGGAAAUCUUCAGGAGAAUUUUAAUAUGCAGAAUUGUAAAAGCGUGGUUGCUUUCCCAGAUCUGACACUUAUUAGUCCAAUUCACACUAAAUCUACACAGUUCAACUUGUUGUGACAUGCUGAUGUGGUUGCUAGUGAGAGUCUUUUGAAAGUGAGGCCUUUUGCUUAGUUUUAGCUUGGUGGUUUUCUGCACCAAAACUGUCUGUAGAUCUGAGUGGACGGUCACGGUGAUGUGAUUCUCAGGAAGGAGAGAGGGCAUCUCUGAUUGGCUACACAGGGCCGUUUCACAAAGGCUUGGCGUCACUGGCCAGUGAGUCUGUUGAAGGUUGACAUGCACCACCUGACAGAGAGACAGUCAGAUGAUUUGAGGAUUCAGCUGUCUCACAGUAAAUGUAUAUUCUAAUGGGGUGCCAACCUGAGGAGGCCUUUGGAAGUUAACCUGAUAUAGAUCCAUCCACAAGCAUCUUAACGACCAGUUAGAUGAUUGUUAAAAAAUGUAUGCUUCUAUAAGUUAAGAACUGAGGCAGUCGAGCAAGCCUCGCUCCACUCCAAGGUUAACCUAAUUUGUUUUGUUGAAACACUGGUGACAUUGACCUCUGUGAAUAAGCCUGUCUUAGAGGAGGCCCAGGCGUUGGAAUGAUCUAUCACGCUCGCAUCACAUGUGCUUGCCUACUUGCGUGUGUUUUUGAGUGUGUGUUAGUGUGUGUGUGCUGUGGGGUUAAUUCGCUCUCUAAGGGCUCUAUUUAAUCCGUAUUGCGGUAGUUGAGCAUUACAGCGUGAUUUAAAUUUAAAGACAAUAUUCCCGAGUUAGCAGAGACUGCAUUCACGGUAAACGCUGUAUAUGUCGGCUCAAUCGGAAAUUACUUUUACAUUUCUAUGGCGCAAUCUCGAACGCUUCAGUGCUUCAACAGAGAAGCAGAACAUGCUUCUCAGAGAGCGAUGUCCUCCUCAAAGAAUGACUCUCUCCUCUGAUCCAUCAUACAGUAGAGUAGGCAGAGCGUGCCACACACACACACACACACACACACACACACACACACACACACACACACACACACACACACACACACACACACACACACACACACACACACACACACACACACACACACACACACACACAGUGAUGUACGAGCCCCUGGUGUUCAUCCUCUGCUCUGCAAUGCUGGGCUGGUUGCAUGAUAAGCCUCUGCUGCUCCCUGGUGCUGCAGACAACAGACCCCCACCUGUCUAAAGGCUCUUAGGUCUGAUACUGAUGUACGGGCCACUGCUGCGUUUCCCCUUCCCUCAGCAGCUAGAGGAGCUCAUUCUACAGUAGGAUCACUCAGAAUGUUGUUCUUUAAAGUACAGUACGUGAAGCUGAUGUUGCACUGGGAAUGUUACUCCCUUUGCUCCUUCCCAUCUCCCUUCCCACAGAUUCUAUGCCCAUAAGCUAAAGAGUUAUUGAAGAUUUUAGUCAUGAUGAAAUCUUGUGAGUUUCUUUUCCGAAAAAUAACAGUUAACCUUUAAGCUGCAAAAAUCUAUUUCCUUCAGUAGGAUCUGACAAAUUUUAAUGAGUGGAGAUGUUGGUAUAAUCUAGAAGAGAUUCAUGUUGAAGUUUUAUGGUGUGCCACCCACUUCACGGGUUUUGAUCCUUUAAAUGCUUUUGAAUAUUUUGGACUGAAUCAUAGUCUUCCGUAGCACUUUGAGGCAGCAGUUUUCUUUAAUUAAUCCUUUCAUUUUAGGAAGAUGUCUUUAAAUGUAUUGGCUACAAAUUCAGCUGUUUAUGUUUAUAAACUUGUCUUGCAUUGCUUCAAAUAUAUAUAUCUAUACAUUUGCAGAUCUGAUCUACCUUUAAAUGUACAUGUAUGCUCAAUUUGAGUCAUAUGGUGUAAGUUUAAUUGAUUUUUUAUACUCUUCUAUAUAAUGAAAAUAUACACUCACAUUUACCCGCCCACAAAACUAUACACACAGGCACAUAUUAACAUUAAUACAUCAAAUCUGGCAUAUGUGAUUUGCCAGUAUGUCAGGGACUGUUGAAAUAUGUAUGCCAUGUUAUGAGCGUCUUAUAUUAGUAGUAGUCUUAGAAUUUGCUGCUGUCGUUAAUGUAGAUUCUGUAUUGGAGUCGCUGAGGUAUUCAGUAAAAACAGUAGGUCCCUCUUUAUUAUUGGUUGGGGGGAGUUUAGCAGCAUGUAGUCGACCCUAUCCCCCAGAUGGGUCAUUGACCAUAGAAAGAGAAUUCUAAUUGUGUCAUUUACCUUGUAUAACCUAAUAGAACCAAGAGGAGGAUACUGUCAGUACCCCCAAACUGGUGAGUGAAAAACAAGAGUCAUCUUCCCUGUUCAUUUCUUCUUUAUCCUUGUGCAAGUGUGACUAACUUUAAGCUUUUUGUCACUCUCUUAAAUGGGGAAAAACAGGAAAGAAAUGCUUCCAGUCUUAUCAGGGAAUUUCCUAUUUAAAGUGAGACUCAUUAAGUUGUACAGAUAAAACAUUUUUGCUUGGCCAACCCUAUUUUCCAUGUCAUUGUACUUUAACUGAUGUACUGUAUCAGUUCAUAUUUAUAGACUUACAUUUCCAGUCUCCAAAUGCUUAAGUAUGUAACUGUAAUUUUAUGGUCUAGGCCUCCUCAGCCUUUCAGGUGUGUACAUAAGGUCAGUAUGCUUUCAGUGGAGUCUGUACACCGGGGAAUUUUAAUGUGAGCAUACAUUUUAUUGUCUGGUUUUGGACAGAGGAAUAGAGUUUAUGCAAUUAUAUAUGCGAGCAAUUUGUACCUCAUGUCACGUGUAGCAGGAGGUUUUGGGGACAGGAGAAUGGAUGUUCAACAUUCUGUAAGGUAUGUCCAUUUGUGAUCCAAGGGUAUUGCUCAAAUGCUCCGUAUAGGAGAACACAUAUUUUUGAUGUAUUUUUUUAAAGAUUGAAUAUCUUCAAUUGAGCAUUCAUACUGUGUAACAUUGUUACAUUACAGUAAUUAAUAUACAUUCCAUACGAUUUUCCAUAGCAUAUAUUGAUUAGGUGUGGGAAAUGGGGUAACGCUGACUUGUAAGGAUACAUUAACAGGGAUACUUUCUCAUUAGGAGUUUACAUUUUCAAUCAUAUUGAUAACCUCCACAGCAUACUGUGCUUAUGUCUACACAGAUACACCUGCAACAAUUUGGUGGGAAUCUGUGUAGGUGUGAGAUAGGGGGUCUGCGUGUGUGAGCGUAUGUGCAUGUGUGUGUGAAAAUGUUUGGUUUAAGCUCCAAAAAGAUUGAAACAGUAAACGUUUGGGGGUUGAGACAAAAAUGUUUUCAUAGAAGUGCAUGUUACUCAAGACCUAAAGAAGUCUGCUGACAAAGAAAAUAUUUUGUAUGUGACAAUUGUUAUUGAGUCAUUAGAGAUGUCAUCCAGCUGUGUCCCGUGUGGAGUGGCAUGGUGGACUGCUUGUCUGUUUUUUUACCUCUAAAGAGGGUUUGAUGGAGAGAGAUGAGAAUGAGCUAGCGCUUUGCUGCUCCGUCCUCUCUUCAGGUUGCACAUAAAUGGUGAUCGUAUGUAUGAGGUAAUCGUCUGCAUUUUAAGUGCCCAUUUUCUCCUGACAAAAUGUCAGAGAGCCAUGUGGCUAUGGUUCAAUAUUCAAAUAAUCAUUUCUCAUCAGAAGCAACAUAUUAUGAUUUAAAAAAGAAACCACAACACACAAAGAGAAAUUGAGAUUUGAAAUGUAUAAUCAAAUGACUAGAAAUAAAGGCAAGAUUAGAGACAUAAAACAUUGAAGGGCUUCUUAAUCUAUCAGUCUUUAUUGGAUUGUGAUGACUUUGUUGCAUGUUUGUGUGUUUCAUGUGAAAAAUAAAUGUGCCCUCAACAGGGUAGUUUGUUUGA